AACGAUUUUAACCUAUUUUGUAUAAAUUAUAUAUUUAUUAUAAGAAAAUAAUGUGUUUUUGAUAUUUUUUUGGACAGUUUUAUGAUAUUAUUUGCAUUUUCUCGGGAAUUUACUCUUUAAAACCUGACAACUUUCAUUUCAGCCGAGCUGAUUGACAUUGACAGUGACAAAUCAACCAAAAUCGUCUUGUUUUCAUCGCCUGAUUGAAUAGCAAAAACAGACGCUAUUAUUCAUGUUACAUAUCCGCUAAAUAAUUAAGCGGUUGUACUAUCAUUAUGGAUCAGUAUGACACAUCCCAGCUCACGGAGUUUCCGCGCUUCGAACCCGAGUCGUCCCAGAGCGGGGUAUCAACGUUCUUUAACAAAUUGUGGAAGUUUCCGAUCUUCUCGCCCAGCGAAGCGGGCGAGAACAAUCAGAACAAAGCCAUAGGAGACGGUAAAGAGGUGUCUCCGCAGAACGAGGAUGUGAACAAGCAGGAAUAUGAUGAUAAACCGGAACAGGCGAGCUACGCGGUCGAGUUCGAAGGACGAAGCUUGCAAAAUGUUUUAAGAAGGAUUAGCAGUCUAGUUGCGUUGGGGUCUAGUAGUGGCACGAAGUACUCGGACACGGAGCUGGCCCGGUACUGGAUGCCCGACGACAUAUCUCGUGAAUGCUACGAGUGCGCGGCGCGGUUCGGAACCCUGCGGCGGCGGCACCACUGUCGCGUGUGCGGACAGGUGUUCUGCGGGCGCUGCUGCUCUCAACGAGUGCCAGGUCAGAUAUUUGGAUGCGCGGGCGGGCUCCGCGUAUGCAACUACUGUUGCAAUGUCGUGCUGAGCUACCUUCGCGAAAACGAGGCGGGCGAGAUAUCGCCCGACCUCCGCUCCCUGCAGGAGAGCUUGCAGGCCAAGUUCCCGGACAACAAGGCGAACGCGAAAACGCGGGACAACUACAUGUUCGCGCGCGAGGAGGAGCGAGGAGGCGCCCGGGAGCCCCUCCCAGAGCUGCUCCCCGCGCUCCGCUCCUCCCUGCCGCUCCUGCAGCACAGGUACCGCCUGGUGCGCUACAACGGCGUGUGGCGUGGGUCCGACGUCAUGCAGUGGCUCAUGGACAAAACCGGCCACAAGACCAGGGCACAAGCUCGAGCAGUGUGUCAAGCCUUGGUAUCGGGCGGCUGGCUGACCGGCGUGCCGGAGCCCGCCGCCGUGUUCGCGGACUACGCGCUGUACCGGCCCGCGCCCGCGCCGCCCGACAAUGCACGUGAGUCCGUGGACGAAGAGCACCCCCACCCUCGCCUGGCGGAGAGCGCGUCCUCGUACUGCCUGGCGCUGGACCUGGGCGAGAGCUCCGCGCGGCUCACCAGGACGCCCCGACCCAGCGCGCCGGAAACGAAAUCAUCCCCGUCGAGCGAGGAGGAAACACCUAACUUGGAACAAAGCGAAGACCCCAGCGAGGGCCUGUGCCCCCGCGUGGCGGCGGCGGGGCUGGAGCACCUGCAGCGGCUGCUGCGGCAGGGGCUGUGCGCGGAGGCGCUGGGCGCGGCCUGGCUGCACGUGCUGCUGCCGCUGUGCGUGGCGGCCGCGGACGCCACCAUGCCGGACAUGCACAGCAGCGACAUCGACAUCCGCAACUACGUGCAAGUGAAGAAGCUGCCCGACGGCCACAUGCGGGACAGCUGCCUGGUGCCGGGCGUGGUGCUCACCAAGAACGUGGCGCACAGAGGGAUGCCGCAGGAGAUCGAAAACCCAACAGUUUUAUUACUGGAUUGCUCCAUCGCGUACCAACGGGUGGAGGGAAAGCUAACUUCACUAGAACCCGUAUUGCUACAGGAGCGGGAGUACCUGGUCCGGUGCGCGGCGCGCAUCACGGCGCUGCGGCCGCACGUGGUGCUGGUGCGCGGCGCCGUGGCGCGGCCGGUGCAGGACGCGCUGCGCGGCGCCGACGUGGCGCUGGCGGCCGGCGUGGGCGCGCGCGCGCUGCAGCGGGUCGCGCGGAGCGUGCGCGCCGACCUCGUGGCUUCCGUCGACGCUCGGAUCGCCAUUCCGAGGCUCGGCUCGUGUAAACGGUUCGCCGUCACCUCCUAUCCAAGCAAAACGCUGAUGUCUCUAGAAGGCUGUGCUGAACCAGCACUUGGAUGCUGUAUCCUGCUGCGCGGCGCCAGCACCGCCGAGCUGGCGCGCGUCAAGCGAGUCGUCAGGUUCAUGCUGCGAGCAUGCUAUAACUGGAAACUCGAAAAAGCAUUUCUGGCCGACGUUGAGGCCAUGCUCCCGGACCCCGGUGCCUUCGAUGAUGAUGUUGAUGAAAACCAACCUAAAGAUGAUAACCAAUGUCAAGAAGAUGCAGAAGUUUUUGCCACUGGUGAUAAUCUGUUUGCUGGUGUGAAUAGUGAUGAUAAAACGAUUGAUGAUGGUGAUGAUAUGUUAGCAAAUCAAGAUAAAGUACCUACUGAUAAGGGUACUAAGAAUAGCAUAGUGUCAUUUGCCGAUGAUAAAGUUUUGGCAAAUGAUAAAACAAUGAAUAAGGAUUCAGCAGCUGCUAAUAAAGUAAUAAUUAGUGAUGGAAAUACCACAGCUCCUGAAAAAGCUAAAAAUACAGAUGAUAAAAUGUCAACUGUUAAAGAUAAUACGGGUAAUAAAGAAUUAGCAUCUUAUGAUAAAGUAAUAGUUAAUGACGAAAACAUUCCACGUUUAGAUGAUAAAAUUUUAGCUACAGAUGAUAAAAUCUCAACUGUCAAAGACAUAACUAAUAAAGAUUCAGCGUGUGAUGACAAAUUAAACACUGAAGAAAACAUUCCACCCUCCGAUGACAAAGUCAUCGAUGACAAAACAGCCAGUGAAGUCUCAGACCCGCUUCAAACUAAGUUCAGUCGUUCAGAGAGCGAGCGAGCGAGCGGGGUUCCUAUCAGAGACUUUAGUGAUCCGCUGCGCGCUGCUGUUGAUGAUGAUGUGUUUUUAGCCGAGGACAGUCUACAGGCGGAUACACACGCGGACAGAUGGUCGACAGACGACACGGUGCUGUCCAUGUCGCCCAACGUGAUCAUCCCGCCGCCGUACCUGGACACGGAGGCGGGGCGGCGCUGCCCGCUGCGGCGCUACCUGCCCCGCCCCGCGCUGCCCGCGCGGCCGCGGCCCCGCCCCCCGCCGCCGCCCACGCCGCGCCCCGCGCGCCGCCGCAGCCGCCCCCGCCACAGCGUCAUGGACCUCAAGGAGCGACACCCAUUCGUGACGCAACCGAUCACGACGAAGGCGGAUGAUCCGGCGCUGAAGGCGUCGCUCGCGCACUACCGCGCCACGGGCUGCCAGCUCGGCGACCAACAUACACCGGAAUGCCCCAUGUAUAAACCGUCCGUCGUCAAACGCAUCGCCCCUUCCGGGUCCGGAUCCGGGUCCGUACCCGACUCGCCGGAGCCGCCCACAGAGGAGCGCGACCCGCUGAGCCCGGAGCACCACCAGCAGCUGAGCGUGCUGCUGUACAGCUACAGCUCCAAGUCCGCCAACGUGCCAGACUUCUGCGUCAACCCCUGGAUAGUGACAAUGGAGAUGUACGGCCGGAACGACAUCACACUGGGUGCUUUUCUAGACAAAUAUUGCUUCAACAGCGACUCCAAGUGCCCCUCCGGAGGGUGCUCCGUGCCGGUCAACCAACACGUCCGCAGGUUCGUGCACGGCGACGCGUGCCUCACGGUCACGUGCAACGUCAUCCAGCACAGCGCCGUGGACACGCGCAAGGACGAGCACAGCAAGCAGGUGAUGUUCUGGUCGCGCUGCGAGCAGUGCGGCGCCAGCGGGCGAGCGAGGCGGCUGUCCCGCGCGGCGCUCUGUCUCUCUCUGGCCAUGUACCUGCGCGUGCGCGCCACGGCCGCGCGGCAGGUGGCGCGCGCGUGCCGCCACCCGCUGCACGCGCACGCGCACGUGUUCGCGCGCCACACGGCCGCGGCGUGCUGCAGGUACAUGAAGAUCACCCCAUACGAGAUCGAGCUGCCUCCCGACGUGAUCUCCACCCACUACGACACGAAGGCCAUGCGCGACGCACUCAUCGCUCAGCUCAACGAACUCGUCCUCAAAGGGCACGAGACGCUGAGCGCGGUGGCGGGCGCGGGCGCGGAGCAGGACUACCAGGCCUUCAAGCACCACACCGAGCUCAUCUCGCUGGCGCUCACGCGAGCUAAACACGACGCUACAGCGGCAGGCGUGAUCCGCUCCCUGUGGCGCGCGUCGGACGCGCUGAUAGCGGGCGAGCGCAUGCUGCGGGACGCGCAGGACGCGUGGGCCUCGCCGCCGCCCAGACCUACUAAACCUGUCGACGCGACGGUGGAAGAAAAAUCCGAUCUGGAAGAGUCGACAGGAGAAAGCGAAAACUCAGGAACCACUUAUGUGUUCGCAGAGGGGCCCCGGGAGCCCCGGGACGAGAAGGACCACCCUGCAGGUGGCGAAGAAGACGAAGAAAAGGGAGACAAGAAGACCGUGCGGCAGAUCCUGUCGCAGCUGCUCUCCAACAAGGAAGCCUCCCAUCAGAACGGAAUCAUAAUCUCCCACGGGCUAGUACCAGUGGUGGUACAGAUCGGUGAAGUGGGGUCCGUGAUCGCGGCCGCGCUCGCCUCAGUGACCUACCAUCGCUCGCUGCGGCUGCAGAGACACAGCACCCAGUCGGAAGCCGAUGAAGCAGAAGUGGGGACCGGAAAAGACCGAGUUGAUGGCGACAAGAGUAAGGCCAAGUCCAACGACCACAUUGAGGUUUUACUGAAGGAUGGACUACUGUGCCGCAUAUACUACGCGCCGCAGUUCCACCGGCUGCGGCACGCGCUGCUCGCGUCGCUCGACGACCUCGAGCAGCCGCGGGCGGAGGACGCGCGCUGCUGCGACGACCUCAAGGACAAAGACAAAAGUCUGUGCGACAUCGAGGAGGGAUUCAUCCGUUCGCUGGCGCAUUGCGUACCCUGGGCGGCCAAGGGCGGGAAAUCAGGAUCAACAUUCUGUAAAACCAAAGAUGACCGCUACGUUCUGAAGGAGAUGACCAAACCGGAAUGGAACCAGUUCCUGGAGUUCGCGCCGCACUACUUCAACUACGUCACCAGCUGUCGCAGCCAACAGCUGCCCAGCCUAUUAGCCCGUAUCGUCGGCGUGUACUCGGUGGGCGGCGCCGGCAACGGCGUGCUGGUGAUGGAGAACGUGUGGUACCGGCGCGCCGGCACGCGCUUCGACCUCAAGGGCUCCUCGCGCCACCGCCUCGCCGCGCCCGCGCCGCUCGCCGUGCUGCUGGACGAGAACCUGCUGCAGCUGCGAUGGCAGCAGCAGCUGUUCGUGGCGUCCCACACCGGGCGGGUUCUGUUCUCGUGCAUCGACCGCGACACCGAGUUCCUGGCUUCCAACUCCGUGAUGGACUACUCAUUGCUGCUGGGCAUUGAUGGACAGAAGCUGGUGCUAGGAAUUAUUGACUACAUCCGCACAUUCACAUGGGACAAGAAGCUGGAGCACCUGGUGAAGAAGAACCUCGGGUCGGGGCAGCCGACCGUGGUGUCCCCGGACGAGUACAAGUCCCGCUUCCGCACGGCGGCGCGCAAGUACUUCCUGCGCGCACCCGCGCCCUGGGACCACCUGCUCUAGGCUGCAGCACGUGGCCGGGACACUUCCUGCGCGCACCCGCGCCCUGGGACCACCUGCUCUAGGCUGCAGCACGUAGCCGGGACACUUCAUGCGCGCACCCGCGCCCUGG